GGAACUGGCGGCCCCCCAUACAAGUUAAGGCGGACCGCCCAGGCACAGCCCACCCGGGGAACCCCUGGAUGCGGCACGGCCCCCGCAAUUCGGCCGCCCUCCAGCCGCCUCCCGUAACCCCGGGCGCCCGCCAGCGGCGCAGCUCGCGCCAAUUCUCGUACGGUUUCACGCCGGGUGCGGCGCUGGACUGCGGAGUCGGUCGGGCCCCUGCGCAAUUUGCGUAGCGAACAGCGCCCGCGCAGGCGCAGGAGGGGGCGGAGCAGCGGGAGCCGGGGAGCCGGAGCCCCGGGUCCCCACGACCUGAGCCGGCUCUCCCAUCAGCGGCCUGAGGACCUGGCAUCCGCCUCCUCCCGCCCCUUGAGGCUGGAGAGUGGACGCGGUGGGGGGGGUGGGGCGGGGGGCAGCUUUCGAGAAUUACGAGGACAGAAGGCAGAGGCCCUCCCCAUCCGCAUUAUUGGAGGAGAGCCUCCCCCAGCUUGGGGAGGGGGAGAGCGGGGCAUUGGGCGCCCCCUGCAGCGGCCACUGCCCUGACCCGACGGGCAUCGGCUGGCUCUCCCCCUCCAGCCAGGACGACACGAGCGACCGAGGCCAGGGACUCCUCUCCUUGGGCCUCUGCAUCCCCCCAUCCCUGGCUCUGGGGUAGGCCCAGGGAGGAGACACCCCCAACCCCCACCCGGUCUGCCCUGGAGAGAAGAGACUGCCCUUCCAUGCCCCUGAGUGAGGGGCCUGGGGCCCAGGCUGUCCGUGUUCCCCAAGGGCAAGGGUCUCUCUGUUGAGGAGGAGGGGCCUGUCAGCCACAACUUCUUUCCUCCUCAGCGCCCCAUCUCCCUCUCUGCACCCUGCAAUUCCCAGCCCUCCGUAUUUAUUUCCCUGGCCCUGCCGACAGCCCCUCCUUCUCUGUCUCCGGGAUUCAGGCCUCCCUCCCUGACAUGGAGAGUAACCUGUCUGGCCUGGUGCCUGCUGCCGGGCUGGUGCCUGCACUGCCACCUGCUGUGACCCUGGGGCUGACGGCUGCCUACACCACCCUGUAUGCCCUGCUCUUCUUCUCCGUCUAUGCCCAGCUCUGGCUGGUGCUUCUGUAUGGGCACAAGCGUCUCAGCUAUCAGACGGUGUUCCUGGCCCUCUGUCUGCUCUGGGCUGCCUUGCGUACCACUCUCUUCUCCUUCUACUUCCGAGAUACUCCCCGCGCCAACCGCCUGGGGCCCUUGCCCUUCUGGCUUCUCUACUGCUGCCCCGUCUGCCUGCAGUUCUUCACCUUGACGCUUAUGAACCUCUACUUUGCCCAGGUGGUGUUCAAGGCCAAGGCGAAGCGUCGGCCGGAGAUGAGCCGAGGCUUGCUGGCUGUCCGAGGGGCCUUUGUGGGGGCCUCGCUGCUCUUUCUGCUGGUGAACGUGCUGUGUGCUGUGCUCUCCCAUCGGCGCCGGGCACAGCCCUGGGCCCUGCUGCUUGUCCGCGUCCUGGUGAGCGACUCCCUGUUCGUCAUCUGUGCGCUGUCUCUUGCUGCCUGCCUCUGCCUCGUCGCCAGGCGGGCCCCCUCCACUAGCAUCUACCUGGAGGCCAAGGGGACCAGUGUGUGCCAGGCGGCCGCGAUGGGUGGAGCCAUGGUCCUGCUCUAUGCCAGCCGGGCCUGCUACAACCUGACAGCACUGGCCUUGGCCCCCCAGAGCCGGCUGGACACCUUCGAUUACGACUGGUACAAUGUGUCUGAUCAGGCGGACCUGGUAAAUGACCUGGGGAACAAAGGCUACCUGGUAUUUGGCCUCAUCCUCUUCGUGUGGGAGCUGCUGCCCACCACCCUGCUGGUGGGCUUCUUCCGGGUACACCGGCCCCCACAGGACGUGAGCACCAGCCACAUCCUCAAUGGGCAGGUCUUUGCCUCCCGGUCCUACUUCUUUGACCGGGCUGGGCACUGUGAAGAUGAGGGCUGCUCCUGGGAGCACAGCCGGGGUGAGAGCACCAGUAUGUCAGGCAGUCUAGGCUCUGGGAGCUGGUAUGGCGCCAUCGGGCGUGAGCCGGGCUGGUAUGGGGGCAGCCAGACGAAGACCACUCCUCUGCUCUUCUCCCAGGUGCCAGGACCAGGCGGCCACCACCACAGUCUCUACUCCACCCCACAGACGUGAUCCCCUUCCCUCCCCCACAGAAUACCCAGGCCCCAGUCCCCGUCACCCUAAGCCCCUGUGCCAAGUUUGCCACUUCUUGCCCAGGAUCCUGGGGGUCGUGGCUGCCCCCUCCUCUGGCCAGCUCCUUGCUGCUCCUGUCAUAGUGAGCUUGUGCCGUCCCCCUAGGAUGGGGGCAUGGCCCUGGCUGCCAGAUGCCCACAGCACCCUGGCAUGACCUGCCACCUCCGCUUCCACACCGGAGCCAGCUACCUCUCCUGUGCCUGCCACUCAAUAAACAGUGUCUGCGCCCCACAGUUGU